AUGUCGUUUCUGGAUUUCGACGGGGAGUUUGCGUCCCUAAAACGAAGCCUGCUCGAGGAGAUGAAACAGGAUAAAUUUGUCCAGCGCCUUAAAAACGAAAGAAAACCCCGUUCUGAGCUUGUACACCAGGAAUCCGUAUCUGACGAUGAGAUCUUCUUCGAUGCCAACGAUAAAGCUGCUUCAAACGAGCACUACACAACAAAGCCACGCAAGAAGCUCCAACUCCGAGGCAUAGAGGAGCUCAAGAAACUCAAAGAGACCGAGAAAAAGCCCCGCAAACGCAUAUGUCUUAGCGGUAUUGAGGAACUACGCCAGAGCGUGAAACCACAAAAACGCGUCAGGCUAAUACCGCUACCCAAGGGGUAUUCGAUCAAGAAGGAGGAAGAGGCCAGUGACGCAGAUCGGCCCGAAGAGACCGUGGAGAAGGACGUGUCGCAUAAUCUGGAGAACUCACGAAGUCAGCCUGAUAACGCACUGGACCAGGGUAAUGACCAUGGAGAUCUAGGGGGUGAUAAUGAGAAUGCGGAUGAUGCAAUUGGCCAAGAUGGCGAUGGCUCAUUUGCUGGAAAGAGGGAACCAAACGACAGUGUUCUGGACGAAACUGAUGGUCUUGACGAUACACGGCUACUAAAAAGAACGGUGAUGGCUCAAUUGACAGGAAGGGAGUUCCCGGCGCUCGAGGAAUCCCUGCUUGCCCAGACAUACAAGGAUGUCCACAAGGUGCUACAACACACAGUGGGUGAUCGUGAAAGCACGUCAGCUCUUCUCAUUGGCCCCAGAGGCACUGGAAAGACGCUCGUGGUGAAUCGUGCACUUUCGAGUCUUCGAGAGCAUUACGGCAAGCUGUUCAUCAUAAUCAAACUCAAUGCUCUUCUCCACACCGACGACAACCUCGCCUUUAGAGAGAUUGCCCGUCAGUUGGAUCUCAAUACCAGUGGGACUGAUGACAGAACCAGGACCUUCGAGCAGCGUGCCAUCAGUGACACCGUGACGAACGUCCUCUUGGCCUUGGAUUCAAACGCUUCUCCCAACAAGUCUGAUGAGGACUUCAAAAGCUCCACGCCCGUGGUGUUCAUCAUUGACGAGAUCGAGAUGUUCACUGCCUCCAACAAGCAAACCCUUCUCUACAACCUAUUCGAGCUCUCACAGAGCUCCAAGAUCCCCAUCGGUGUAAUUGGUGUGGGUACCAAGUUCACUACCAGAGAGCUUCUCGAAAAGAGGGUCCGCAGUCGGUUCAGUCAACGUAUCAUCACCACACACUUGCCGACUUCUGUUGAGGAUUUUUGGGCGAGCGCAAAGCUCUCCCUAAAGGUGCAUUCAUCGGCCAUGAGCCAAUUCAAGGACGUAACGUACCCAACACAAUGGAACCAAAACAUCGACGAAGCGUUUGAUCGCCCUUCCAAACUUGCCAGGGUCGUUUACAAAAUCUUCUUCUCCACCAAAAGCUACAAAGAUCUAAAUAAUAGCUUCAUGGUUCCUGUGUCACUUCUAAGCCCAUCUCAGCCAUUCUUUAACGAAUCAAAGUUGGAGGCGUACAUCCUGAUGCAGUCCCCGGGAACGGUUCAGUCAAUCAUUCGAUCCUUGUCAGGUGCAGAACUUCUACUUACCAUAGCGGCAUCACGGUGGAUUGUCAAAUCUGAGGUUCCACAGGUCAACUUCAACUUGGCAUACAAGGAGUACACCGACAUGAUGAAACAGUUCAAUGCCGAGGCCACCACGCUUUCCUCGAACACUUCGCAUAUUGACAACACCGUCCUUGCAGGUAUCAAGGUCAACCAGAGGAUUCUCUCGUCUAAAAUUAUGCGCGAUUGCUGGGACAAUCUCUACAAAUACGGGCUCCUCUUUGAUGCAAUCACCAGCAACAACGAGGUGAACGCGAACAAUAAUCUCAAUAUGUACAAGCAGGUGGUUUUGGAUGUGUCGAAAACGUUACAAGUUGAUAUUACACUUGAGGAGCUAGGCCAGCUUAUUCCAGAUGGCGACUUCUACAAGAAGCUCACGAAGCUCUAG